AUUUUCUUUGAAGAAAUAGGUUUCUGUGUUUUUUUCCUCUGCGUAGUUAACAUGAUUUUGGUUCAAUUAUAUUGAUUUAGUUAAUUUUCAGCUGCUUGAAAUUGUUUGUGUUGUAAAUCUUCUGGAACAAUCUUUGUGCUUUUUUAGUGAAAUUAUUUUUGAAUUAUCUUAAUGAAACAAAUAAAUAUUCCAAAAAUCAUAAAAUAGUUAUAGUGGAAAAGGCUUGUAAGUUUCUUCUUGACUCUUUUAAAAGCUUUAUUCUGUAGUUAGGAAAGCUGUUUUUUUUUUUUAGAAAUGGUUAUUUGGUAAUUUUGAGUAUUUAAUACUCCACUUAGUUUACUUUAUGUUAUCAGAUGAUAUCAAUUAUUUUGUAUAGUUGAUAGCAAGAGGUGGAUCAGAGCUUUUCAGUAUUGGAAGAUUGAAAAUGUCUGAGGGGGAGGUUAAAAAAGUCUCACGUCAAGAUAUACAACUGGUGCAAAAUCUGAUAGAAAGAUGCCUACAGCUUUAUAUGAACCAGGAGGAAGUUGUCAAAACCCUCUUACAUCAAGCAAAGAUUGAGCCUGGUUUCACCGAGCUUGUGUGGCAGAAGCUUGAAGAAGAAAACCCGGAAUUUUUCCGGGCAUAUCAUUUAAGGUUGAUGUUGAAGGAUCAAAUAGAGAGAUUCAAUGUUUUGCUUGAGAGACAGGUUGAUGCAAUGCAGAUGUAUCCAACUGGAUCAAUUCCCAUGUCUAAUGGAUCUCAGAUUCGACAAAUCCCACAGAACACAACAUGUCAAACAACAGAUCAUGCUGGACCUAAUGUGAAGCCUGAGAAUGUGCACCAGACUGUUAAUGCCAAUUUAUCUCAUGUAUAUACCAACGGUGCGUCCUCGCUCCAACCAUGUAUGCAAACUGCUACUGAUGUGUCUGCUCAUGCAAGAAGAAUUGAUGCAUCCUCAAACAUGCUAUUGGCUCAGAGCUCAAAUUUGGGAAUGCUGCAAGGGGUGAGAGGGGGAAUGAUCAAGUCAGAAGCUGGUUAUUCAGGCACUUUACCCUUCCUGUAUGGUACUGAGACAAAUAUCCUCGAAGCUCAUCAUGGAAUUGCGGAUCCAUCUGUUUCAUCUUUCAGCAGUGUAGAAUCAAAUUCACAACCAGUAAAUGAGACUGUAUUAGAUGCUGAUACAUCUUCAUUUGGUUUCUUGGGGCAGAUUCCUCGAAACUUUAGUUUGUCGGACUUAACGGCUGACUUUUCUAACAGUUCUGAUAUUUUGGAGAGCUAUUCUGGAUCAGCCUACCUGGCAACGGAUGUUAACAAUUUCCUGGAUCCACAAGGUCGGAGAGAAUAUCAUGACAUUAAAAGGUUGGAUGCUAUAUCUGAAGGCUUGAGCUUCGAAGAUUUUGCCAGUGAUUGAAUGAACAUUAAGAUGGUACAAUUGCUCCUGGAGUAAAAUGGUUUUGUAAAUAGGGUUGCGAAAGAGAGAAUGAUUUGAGCCCUUCUGAAUGUAUUAGUUGGUUACUUUCAAGAUAAUUAUUUAAUCAUUAUGGUUGACUUGCCUGUUGUUCUGGGAUAAGCAGGAAAUAAUUUAAGCAAAAGCCUCUUGGAAGUUGGUUCUCCUGCUUAAUCCUAGAAAUAAAGCUUUGUUGCUAGUUUUGUUAAUAUGGUCGUGAUUAAUAAGAUCUGAUGUUUGUAUUUAGUUUCUCUUGUUUUUUCAAAAGAAAGUCUGAUGUAAUAUCUUCUCUAAGGAUGAAAUUAUGUUUCUCUUUCUACAUCUGAGAAGAAAUCUUUUAUGUCCGUA